CCGUUGAAGUUCCCCAAAACCCAGCCGUUAUAAGCUCACACACUGACACUUUAGCAGUAGAAGAAGACGGGCUCACACUCACUGAACUUCGACAAACUCUCUGACUUUUGGAUUUAAGGAUGCUGCAGUGUGUGUGUGUGUUGCUGCUGGCGGCCUCCGCUCUGAGCCACCUGGAUGAAGCCUCUCUGGACAGCCAAUGGGAAGACUGGAGGAGCACACACAGGAGGGAAUACAACGGCCUGGGCGAGGAGGGGAUCCGCCGGGCCAUCUGGGAGAAGAACAUGCUGAUGAUCGAAGCCCAUAACCAGGAGGCAGCGCUGGGAAUCCACUCCUUCGAGCUGGGGAUGAACCACCUGGGAGACAUGACGUCAGAGGAAGUGAACGAGAAGAUGACCGGCCUGAUGCUGCCUCCAACCAACGGCCAGCGCAGCUUCACCAUGGCUUUCGACGACAAGCUGCCAAAACUCCCCAAAUCUCUGGACUACCGCAAGAAGGGCAUGGUGACUCCAGUAAAGAACCAGGGUUCCUGUGGAUCCUGCUGGGCCUUCAGCUCGGCCGGGGCCAUCGAGGGUCAGCUGGCCAAAACCACAGGGAAGCUGAUAGACCUGAGUCCCCAAAACCUGGUGGACUGCGUCAAAGAGAACUCCGGCUGUGGAGGAGGAUACAUGACCAACGCCUUCACGUACGUGGAGGAUAACGGAGGCAUCGACUCUGAGGAGGCCUACCCGUACGUCGGAGAGUUCUGCGGCUUGUUGAUGAUUAAAGACAACUGGUUCCUCAUUGUUUGGCUACUGAACGAUGCACCUGUGAUCUGGCACGUCAUGUGA